AGAGCACAGUGUUGACGUGAGCGGGGCAAGAGUGCAGGGCCUGGGUGCCUGCUGCCUUGGACUCACGUAAUUUCCUUAAGCCUCGUUUGUCUUCAUCUGCAACGUGAGAAUGAGACUAUUCUUGUGGGUUAUUACAAGAGUGGAACUGUAACGCGUGUAAAGCACGGUAUCCGCAGGACACACGGACACAUUGCGUGGGGCUGUUGGCUGACAUCUCAGAGCGCUUGCACAGAGCUGCGUACUGGGAUGUCAGUCACCCUGCUGUCGUGUGUCCCAUGCCGUGCGCUGGCGGUCAUGGCUGGCACUGCCCCUGCUCUCUCUUCCCUGAGCACCGACCUCUUGGAGUGAAUUCCUGUGUCAUCAGGGCCGCCCAGUCUGAAGGCAAACACUCCCAACCGUGAACGAGGACUCCCAACACGUCAUGAGAUUUAUGGGACCUCCACACAUGAAGGAAGAAGGAGGAAAUCCUAAAACUGUUGUUCAGGCUUAAUAAAGAAGCAUCAUAACUGUUCAUGCCUCUCCAAAAACAGAGAUGUGAUUAUAAAUGUUAUUACCGUGGCAACCAAACAUGGAGUGAGGUGGCCCCUCGGCGCUGUGGGUUACAGGUAGUGUGCAGACGAAGCAGCGAUCUCUGGAGUCACCAGUCGCACGUCCAGAGACCAGUGCACUCGUGGAGCACAGGAGGGCCGUCUUCGCGCGGCCCCACCGGACCCAAGAGGAAGGGUGGGCUUCUGCGGCGCAGCCCCCUUGCCGUUGACGGGGACAGACCUUUGCAAAGAGCAGCGCGGUCUCUUCCUGCCUUUUCUGGCAUCUAGGAUCUGUGGUUUCAGAGCUGAGCACUGGAGCCAGCUUGCCCUGAGAGAGAGGAGGCCUGAGAGGCUUAGAGCCCACGCUGCAGCGAAGGCCGAGAGCCGUUCCACGUCGGGGUGCGCACACGCUGUGUGUGCAUAAUCACCCGACCUCGUCCCAGAGAAUGCCCGCGGCCAGCAGGGUGACUGGCCGCGCCUCGGCUGGCUGGAGAUUUCACUUUCCAUGCGCUGGUAAAGCUCCCGCCCUACCCCGAGAAGGGACUCGGCGGACGGUAUGGGAGGCAGAGCUGGGAGUCGUGACGCUGUGGCCGAUGGGGCGGCUGGCUGCACCGGGCUGCACUCAGUGCUGCUCAGUCACGGCGGCAGGUCUCGAUUUCACGGUUGUGGAUUCAGGCCCCGUGUUGGGCUCCACGCUCGGCAUGGAGCCUACUUAAAAAAGAAUUUCCCAAUAAUCGUGCCCUGCUGUGACUGUGGACUCACGCGCGUACCUUUUACACGGCUGGAGUCAGUGCCACGCAUGCUGACGUGGACCUUCCCUCCCUCGUACGCCUCACGACAGCGGAUGGCUUCUGUAGAGCUGCUGAUGCAAUUGCAUCUUCAAAGAAAUGCCCUCUGUGAGAUUCCUAAAGAUUUCUUCCAGUUACUGCCAAACCUCACUUGGUUGGACCUCCGCUAUAACAGAAUCAGAGCGCUUCCUUCUGGGAUUGGGUCUCACAAGCAUUUGAAAACUUUGCUUUUAGAAAGAAAUCCUAUCAAAAUGUUGCCUGUGGAGCUGGGGAACGUGACCUCACUGAAAGCGCUGAACCUGAGACACUGCCCUCUGGAGUUCCCCGCUCCACUCGUGGUGCAGAAGGGACUGGGCGCUAUCCUGGCCUUCCUGCAGAUCUAUGCUGCCCAGCACUCUGCCCCCCAAGAUUUAACUUCUGAAGUGAUUUCACCAGUUACAAUGAUGAACCUAAGUGAGCUGCCACAGCCCUCGUAUUUAUCUGAGGAAGAAACUGUGCCUGAUGAAGAUGCCAUUAAUUUCCAGGAUCAAAAGGGGUUGUUAAAAGAAAAGGCAGUCUUUUUCCUGCCUGUUGAGAAGCUAGACCUGAGUGAACUGAGAAAGUCCACCGAUUCCUCGGAAGACUGGCCGGGUGAGGAAGAAAUCAAGCGCUUCUGGAAGCUGAGGCAGGAGAUCGUUGAGCAUGAACAAGCAGAAGUGCUUGAAAACCAGCUCUUAGCGAUGGAAUUGCCUCCAAAUCUCAGGGCAGCAUUAAACAUGAAAGAGAAAGAACAUUCCAGCCCAAGACAUGUGCUCAGCGCGGGCCAUCCCAGGGUGAGUGUGCAUCGCAGGGGCUGUGAUUGUAGAAGGAAGAGGCCCUCCAUCAGGAGCGUCCUGCCUGCCCUGGUACCAUCGCAGCUCGCGGGGCUCCCCCCCAGGAGGCCCCAGGAGAGCAGGGCCGUGGCCAUCCGGGAGCACUGGGAGAAGCAGGUGGAGAUGGAGCAGCGGAGACGAGAUGAACGAGCGCUGCAGGAGUGGAGGGAGCAAACCCGUACCAGGAGGAUGGCAGAGCAGGCGCCGAGAAAACCCCUGCCUCCGUGGCGGAGUCUGAUGGCCUCAAAGACUCCCUUUGCCACGGAUGUGAUAGAUUAUGAGGAAAUGCCAGUGAAUCCGUCUGGAAAAAUGAGGCCAAGCAAAGAGAAGUCGUCAAGAGCAAGUAAAGACAAGAGUGCCUUCCGAGCGGGGCAUAUAGGAGAAAACCUAAAACAGCACAUUCAGAAAGUACACAAAUGCAGAAAAGGGCUUCAGGGGAUGGAGCCACUCGAAAUCAGGCAGGCUGCGCAGGAUUUGGAGAUUGCUAGAAAGCUGCAGGGCGAAGUGAGGAAACUGAGGCUGGGACCGAGCUGGACGAGAAGCCGCCAGCUGACCGCUCUUGCUGGACACCUGCCGCUCCACGCACCUGCAUCUCGGCCUUGGGAUACACUGUUCGACACGAAGUAGUAAGAGGAGAGCGGACAGAUGCUAAGGAGCGAGUAUCCCUUGUGCAGACCUGACAAGUGGGUUUAGCAGCUCGUGAGCCCGCCAGGUGCCCCCUUCCAAGCGUCUGGGGGGGAGGGGGCGGGUCCGACGCCACCCCCGGGCGGUGGUUCACGGCCUCAGCUGCGUGGCUGCUUCAGAGGCUGCGCCAGGUUUAAGCUGGAUUAAAGGAGAGAAUACGGUAAACAAGCCACGCGGUUUUCACUCCCGUGCCCACGUCUCUGCAGAUCCGCCUGACGACAUGUUUUGGUGUCAGCCCCUGUCCCCCCCACCCCUGCCGCCCUGGUCACCCAUGUGACCCUCAUGUCCACUGACUCAUGCGUUUCAGUUGGGGGGGGGGUCAGAAGUCCAUGAGUCCCCUCCCUGCACCUGGCACUGCUCUUCUUUGGCCUCACGCUUCCUGCUUGCACACCUCUGCCCCUGUCCGCCCUUCGCAGCCCGCCCUCACCCAGGCCAGUCAGACCCUGCCCGACUUACUCUCUGCAGGACCGUCUGAUUGAGUGUUAAAUAAAUUCCAGGCCUUAACCU